GUCAGGUUUGCUGCUGCUGCGGAAAUGGGGGAGUACGGAGUCGCACCAGGCCAGCGCGUGGCCAUCAUCUGGGAUAGCUCCUCGCCAGUUGAAGCUCUGAAGGAUUUGGUGGAUAAAAUUCAGGUGCUGGUAGGAGCUGAUAAUCGUGUCUCUGUGGAAAACAUUAACCAGCUAUCUCAAUCGGCUCACAGGGAGUCCAGUUUUGAUGUAAUUCUCUCUGGCGUGGUACCAGGCAGUACCGCACAGCACAGCGCGGAGGUACUGGCAGAAAUAGCUCGCAUACUUAAGCCGGGGGGCCGUGUCCUCCUGAAAGAACCAGUGGUUACAGAAUCAGGAAACAACAGCAGAAUCAAGACAGCAGCCAAACUCCCUACAGCUCUGACUCUCUCUGGGUUGGUGGAAGUGAAGGAGCUGCAAAAGGAAGCGUUGACCCCAGAGGAGGCCCAGUCGGUCCGAGAGCAUUUAGGUUACCAAGGCCAUGACCUUCUCAUUGUUCAGAUAGAAGGCAGGAAACCCAAUUUUGAAGUGGGAUCCUCAAGUCAGCUCAAACUUGCCUUUGCCAAGAAACCUGGUCCUUCAGGAAAACCCUCUGUGGACCCAGCCGCUGCCAAGCUGUGGACGCUCUCUGCCAAUGAUAUGAACGAUGAAGAGAUGGAUCUUCUGGACUCUGAUGAGCUGUUGGAUUCAGAGGAUUUGAAAAAGCCAGAUCCAUCGUCCCUCAGAGCCCCAUCCUGCAAAGAAAUGGGCAAAAAGAAAGCCUGCAAGAACUGCACAUGUGGCCUGGCUGAAGAGCUGGAACAGAAGAAGAGCUCACAGCCCAAAUCUGCCUGUGGAAAUUGCUACCUGGGAGAUGCGUUCCGCUGUGCCAGCUGCCCUUACCUGGGGAUGCCUGCCUUCAAGCCUGGGGAGAAGAUUCUCCUGAAAGAGAACCAGCUGCAUGAUGCCUAACAAAGAUGUCUCUGGAUGUCCCACAAAGGACUCCUCUGCUUUUCCAUCAGUCUGAGGUUCUUCCUGCAGCCCUCCUCAUCCUCUCAAACU